GUCACCACAGAGCAGAGAUGUGCGGCCUGAACCCCGCGUGUGCCGCCCUCUGCAUGUCCUCGUGUGGAGGCCGGCUGUCUGCGUGACUGCAAUGGCCGCUUUUGAGCUCCGAAAACUACGCAAGAAACUAAGACAGAUUGAAACUUUAGAGCACCUUCCUCGGGAACUGGUCCCCAGUGAAAUUUCAAAGGUUGCCCAAAAACAUGAGCUGCGGAGACUUAUAGAGGAAUUGUUAUCUCAGACUGUAGAAGAGAAACCCAAGGAGGAGACGGUGGAGACAAGUGGAGAAAGCAGAACGACUACAUUCUCUCCCCCGGACCCCGACAUCCAGCCGAGCCCUCCGCCUGCCGCAGCGUCUAGGAGGAAAAAGCAGAAAACUCCCAAAGCAGCUCAAAGAGCAGCUCCAGAUGAGACGCCGACCUCUGCAAGACGUCUUACAGAUCCGUAUCCGCUGCAGAACUCCCAGUUCCUUGUCCACAGUUUGGAAGGGCACAGUGAUCUAGUGACGUGUGUUCUCAUACAUGACACAUACAUAAUCUCUGGGAGUUGGGACACCUCAGUUCGUGUAUGGGAUGUACCGUCCCGGUCAGAGGUCAGGACGCUGUGUGGCCACACCGGAGGAGUCGCCUGCAUGGUCAUGGUCUACCUGGAUGGAACCAAGCUAGCUUCAGAUCUUUUGCCUCUUGGAGAACAUUUGGUCUGCAGUGGAUCGUCCGAUUGCAGCAUCAAAGUGUGGAGCCUGAAUACAGUUCAACCUCUCCUCAGUAUAUACACAUUCUCUGCGGUGUCUGCCAUCACUCAUGUCCCACAUACAAAGCUGCUCAUUUCAGGGUCAGAUGGUGGAAAGAUUGAUGUGUGGGAUCUGGAAACACAAGAAAACCUUCGGUCUGAGAGAGCGCAUGAUGAGAGGGUGUCAGCGUUACAGUUCCACUCGGGAUUGCUGUACUCUGGUUCAUCAGACGGCUCCUUGAAGGUCUGGAGAGUCGUCCCGUCUUCUGGAGCUCUAAGUCUUCAGCACGCCUGUGACCCUCUGGUGCAAUCCUUGAGGGGUUUGUACAGUCUUUGUGCCACAGCAGACCAACUAUACCUGGCAACCCAAGGAUCAUGCGUAAAAGCCGUCCACUGGAAACAAGAUCGUCUCACACUUCUGUCCAAUCACAAUUCCAGCUCAGGAUUUGUUGAUGCAUUAGCUGUUACACCUGACAAUCUGCUCAUCGCCACUGGCUUUAACAUUGACCAAGGACAUGGAUAUCUGAACAUCCGUGCUGUGGAUUCAGGCAAAUACCUGUGCACCGUGUCCUGCCCGGAGGUCCCUCGCCUCUUGUGUUUGGCGGUGUCCGGCACUUCGGAUGGGCUAUGCCGAUGGGUGACAGGAGGGAGGGAACUGCUGCUGUGGGAGGAGCUUCCUAGAGGAGGAGCAUUGGACAGGUCAGCCGUGCAGGUUCAGUUCUGUCCGGAUUUUCUUCUUCCCGCUCCUGACAGUGAAUCAGAAAAUGAUGAUGAGGAAGAUCUAUGGGAAGCGUACACGGAGGCCGGACCGCCCGACUCGCACGCAGAGCCCCGCCACCAGCCGUGGUGCGCACUGAUGUAGCCGGAGAGAAGCCGCCGCCGACUCGUUACACUUCAAAUUACUUUUUAUUAAAAAUAAAACUGUGAUCCGAACCCUGAAGAUGAGCGGAUAACUAUACACGUAGUGUGGGUGCGGAUGCAGACAUUCACAGCACAUACGUGGAGGGGGAGGGGUUAAGCCCUUAGUGAUCUCAUGGUACCAGUCACACAUGCUGUCAUACACACAUAGAUAGAUAUAGAAAAGAACACUACUGUUACGGAUAUGUCCACGGGCAGCCCCGGACCACUAGUUAUGUGCGCCCAUGCAUACAUACAUGUAUCAUAAAUAACAUACAGCCCUAUGGCUGGGGGAGGGGGCUACUCCUGGCUAGGUGAGGCCGUCAUCCGCCGACCGCUCUCCUCCUCCGGCACUUGUCUCCUCUCUCGCGGUUUUGGGGUGCAGAGGUUUAAGUAUUGGGGGGGGGGGUCGUAUACCACCCGCUGCCAUCAGGUCAGUCCCUUUAUUUUCUUGUUAUAGUCACCCGCUGUGUCCAUUAUCACCAUAACAGCGCCAUCACAUGGUCACCACCGGGAUCCUGCGGGGAGAGUAAAGUGACCUUUAAGAGCGUUUAAAAAAAAAAAACAAUUCUAUUCAUUUCAUAUGCUGGGUGAAAACCAAUAUGGCCGCAGUGAGAUGACACCCAA